AUGUCUCAAACAGUAACACUUGUUUCUUCGAAAACAAUUAUUCCACGUAUUGGUUAUGGUACUGGAACAAAAUGGUUUUCUCGUGAUAAUUCGAAACCUAUCGACACAAAUUUUUUACAAUCAAUUCGCGAAGCUCUUUCUGUUGGCUAUCGUCAUAUAGAUGCGGCUGAAAUGUAUGGAACAGACACAUCUAUCGGUGAAGCGUUACGCACACAAGUAAUACCACGAAAUGAAUUAUUUAUAACAUCAAAAGUCUAUAAGAAUAUUGAGAAUAUUGAACAAGCUUGUUUCGAUGUUUUAUCUCGUUUGGGCCUAGAUUAUCUUGAUCUUUGGCUUAUACAUGGUCCAUUUUUUGAUCGAAACAAAACUUCACUUGGACAUGCAUGGAAAGAAAUGGAAAAAUUAGUUGAAAAUGGAAAAGUUAAAGCUAUAGGUGUUAGUAAUUUUCAAAAACAACAUCUAGAAGAAUUGCUUGCUUUAAAACCUAAAAUAAAACCAGCUGUUAAUCAAUUUGAACUUCAUCCGUAUGUGUACGAGGCAUCACGAGAAUUAAUUGACUAUUGUAAAUCAAAUGAAAUAGCUGUUGCAUCCUAUUCACCACUUGGACCUAUUUGUUAUAAACCAGGAGGACCUGUAGAUGAAGUAGUUGAAAAAUUAGCAACAAAAUAUAAUCGAUCACCUUCUCAAAUUUUACUUAAAUGGAAUCUUAUAAAAGGUGAUAUUAUUAUAACAACAUCAAGUAAACGUGAACGUCUUGAAGAUUUUCUUAAAGUACUUGAUGAAAACUUUCAAUUAAAUGAUGAAGAUGUAAAAGCAAUUGAUGAUGCAGGCGCUAAAUUGCAUUUUAGAAAAUAUUGGACUGAACACAUCGAUGGAAAGAAACAAGAUUCAUAA